AUGGCUCGGUCAAUCGUCGCCUCGGCCUUGGGGCCGUUACUGCUCCUCGCAAAUCCGACCAUGGGAAUGACGGGUUGGUGGACAUGGUCGGACUAUUCUCUCACGCCUCACUUUGCAUUCCAAGAUCCUGGGUCUGGCGAUCUUGUGCACACCGCUUGCAACAGCAAUGGCUCGGCCGUAUUUCCGACAGACAAGAUGCACAAGUUCCCAAUCAAGGCCAAGCCGAAGUCAGCGACACCGCUCGCGGUAGUCGGAUGGUAUGAUGAUGAGAUGGGAACUACAGUCGCUUCAGUUUUCUUUCAGGCACGCGACGGUUCGUUAGUCAACGCCGACAUGACAUGCAACUGGAAGACGGGCGACUACGAACUACAAGAGGGUGGAGAGUACAAGGUCAGCGAAGACGCCGGUGCGCCGUCUAUACACGAAGAUACAGGGCUAGCGGUGGUGGAGCUUGGCGAAUCCGGCGGGAACCGGGUCUUCUACCACGAUGAAGAUGGAAAGGUCAAUGUCCUGGCAUACGACGAUGAUACCGAUUGGGUUUACAUUGGACCCGUAUCCCAACUCGAACCAGAGGGCAAGGCGUUGGAAGCAGCGAGGAUGAGUGGGACCAACAUGUCGGUGAUCUUUCCAUACGAUGGGGAUAACUUUGCCAUUGCUGGAUACAAGGAGGAGAACAAGGACAAGUGGAGUCUGAGCUCCCUCCCACUAGGCUUCAAAAGCCCAGCCCCGACCAACAAAACCGCAACAUCAAAGUACGCCUUUGACUGGUCAAAGGACGUACCAUUCAUUCUCCCUGAAAUCGACAUGACGACAGUGAGCCUCGCGCUAGCAUCCAACGAAGAAUCUUUGACGAAUAUAUUCUACAUCGGCACAGACUCAAAGCUUCAUCAGAUCACCAACGGGAAAGACGGAUGGGAAAUUGCCAAGGAUCCUGGGGAGAAGAAGUGGCCCAAGGCCGGCGACAAGUCGGCUCGAAUGGCACUAGUUGCCGCCCCGGAAUCUGAAGACCUCUGGAUCUUUUAUCGAAAGGGAAAGGAUGUUAUGGAACUACACUUGGAUGAAUAUGGAACGUGGGCGGAUGCGAAAAAGGUUGCAACCGUGAACGAAAAUGCGCCAACGUCCGACGAUGACGAUGAGGACGACAAUGAGGAGGAGGAGGGCUCAACUGGAUCAUCAAACUCGAACCACGGCCACGACGGCGAAACAUCAGAACCAUCAAGUGGUCUAUCUACCGGAGCCAAGGCGGGUGUUGGUGUUGGCGUCAGCCUUGGCGCCUUGGCUGCAGCAGGUGCCAUCUUCAUGGUCAUCCGCCGAAGAAGAAGAUCCUCAAACACCGACACACAACAAGACCCCAUGAGCCCAGAGCAGAUGCACCAAGAAGGAUACCGUGCAGUCAGCAACGACAAACCAGCAGAACUACCCAUCGACCAAGGACCACACGAGCUACCGACGAAUGAGCCCGAGUAUGAGCUGCUCGGCGAUACUGAGCAACGACGGCCGGUGAGUAGGCAGAGUGAAGGGGGACGAGACGAAACGGGGCAGGGUGAUAGGACACGGGAGAACAGAGACGGAGGAGCUAAUGUCUGA